AUGAGUCAAACAUCUCUGAAACAGAAAAAGAAAAAUGAAAGUGGAACGAAGUACUCAAAAGACAAUCUAGAAACAGAGAGAAGAAGGGAUUCUGAGAAGUCGGGAGCUCGUCUGAGCACACAGAUGAGGCGUGCAGUCAAACCGAAUCACUCGCUGAGAUGUUGCGCCAUGCGGGGUCACCUGUCGUGUAGACACUGCCUUAGUGCAGCUGAGGGAACAGUACUUCUUGGCCCCUGCCGCACAAUACGUAUUUAUAUUCACAUGUGCCUGUUGUGGGAGCAGGGCCGGCAGAUCACCAUGAUAAGGGGAUCACAAGAAAUAUCAGUGCCGAAGACAGACUCUCGAGGGUACCUUGUGCGAAAUCAGUGGUCCCGAACUUCACGGAGCGCAUCCAUCAGAGCUCCAUCAGUAGAUGAGAACAGAAGCAAGACAGCCAGUCUUAAGCUUGAGCUCCCCAAUAGCUCCACGACCUCCCGGACUUCAUCCACCUCCCUUAGCCAGCAAGAGUUGCCACAGCAGCUGUCGGCACAGCCCUCACCGCCCACACCUCCCAUGUCUCUCGACCCGAGUCCUCCCACGCCCCCGGAGACCCAGCCCAAGAAUGGGUCCCGGCGCAGCUCCAAGAUGCAUGAGAAUCCCGAAGCCUGGGCUCACGGCAUCGUACGGGACGUCCGGGACUCCCGGGACACGCAGCAGCCCCGGGAAUAUCAGCGCACGCCCCCCACCGAAUGGAAGUCCUAUGCCCAGCGUAGGGCACUCUAUCCAACCCAGGAGGACCGCGACUGUGUGACCGACAUGCUCCGGAAGCGAGAAGAGGAGGACGACGACGAAGCCUACUGGUCAUCCGUGAAGAUGCUGUAUGAGAAGACACCAAGCUGCUCGCGCCCCAGGCCGCCCAAACCGAAGCAUGCCAUCACCAUCGCUGUCUCGUCCAGGGCACUCUUCAACAUGGUGGAUGGCAGGAAAAUCUACGAAGAAGAGGGUCUGGAAAAGUAUAUGGAGUAUCAACUCACCAAUGAGAACGUCAUCUUGACCCCAGGGCCCGCGUUCCGCUUUGUCAAGGCACUGCAGCAUGUCAACUGUAGACUCCGUGAGCUGUAUCCUGAUGAACAGGACUUAUUUGAUAUUGUACUGAUGACUAAUAACCAUGCCCAAGUGGGAGUGCGGCUUAUAAACAGCGUCAAUCACUACGGAUUACUAAUUGACCGCUUCUGUCUGACUGGUGGAAAAAGCCCCAUUGGCUAUUUGAAGGCAUAUCUUACCAACUUGUAUCUUUCUGCGGAUUCUGAAAAAGUACAAGAAGCAAUACAAGAAGGAAUCGCCUCUGCAACAAUGUUUGAUGGAGCCAAAGACAUAGCUUACUGUGACACACAGCUCCGCGUGGCCUUUGAUGGGGACGCUGUCCUCUUCUCUGAUGAGUCUGAUCAUAUUGCCAAGGAGCACGGGCUGGACAAAUUCUUUCAACAUGAAGCACUGUUUGAGAAUAAGCCUCUUGCUCAGGGUCCCUUGAAAGGCUUUCUGGAAGAUUUAGGCAGACUGCAAAAGAAGUUUUAUGCCAAAGACGAACGGUUACUUUGCCCUAUCAGGACCUACCUGGUUACAGCCAGGAGUGCAGCCAGUUCAGGCGCCCGCGUGCUGAAAACCCUUCGCCGAUGGGGUCUAGAAAUAGAUGAAGCUCUUUUCCUUGCUGGAGCUCCUAAAGGUCCCAUCUUGGUGAAGAUAAGGCCUCACAUCUUCUUUGAUGACCAAAUGUUCCACAUUCAAGGGGCACAGAAAUUCGGCACCGUCACAGCUCAUGUACCUUAUGGCAUUAGUCAAAAAAUGAACACUUAG